AUGAAUCAACCUACUCUUCCUAUUCCGAUCUCUUUCAUUUCUGGUAGAUACCUACUAUUCUCCAUUGACGAUGUCACAUAUUUGAGGCGUGAAUAUCAGACGUGUGGUGUGUUGAUCGGAACCCUUCCGCAAAUUCCACAGCAAAAUGUGUUUUUGGGGUUGCCGCUCGAGUUGAUGCCCGAGGAAGCGAGGCUGUUGGUGGACAAGGGUGUAGCUUGCAUUGUAGACGAAGCCAAAGCACACGAUGGCAUGCAAUCUCUCCUAGAAGAAGAUCGCCGACAGUAUCUACGCGAAUUAGAAUCCCAGGGCAUCCACGCUACACGCAUUCUCACGGAACGCAAAGACCAACAGAGAAACCAAAAGAUGAAGGAGCAAAACGACAAGAAGGCCAAGGCUGCAGCCAAAGCUGCCGAGUCCGUUGGAGAUAAGCCCGAUGCUCCUGCGGCGGCGAACGAUAGCCCGGCCUCGGUAGCUGACGUCUUUGGAGAUGAUUCGGCCUCUCGAAAGGCCUCUCUCAUUGUUCCUGAGCAAGUCUACGGUGUGACUCCCGUGACGUCCUAUCCUCCACUUCCGCAUCCAUCUACAUCGUCCGAGAAUAUCCUUCCGCGGCCCGAUGUCCCUCUGUCAUACGCGCUUUUUGCUCAUCUGCAAUCACGUGGCUAUUUCCUCUCGCCUGGCCUGCGUUUUGGAUGCCAAUAUGUGGCAUACCCAGGUGAUCCUCUUCGGUUCCACUCGCAUUUCCUCGUCGUCUCUGCCGAAUGGGACCAGGAGAUUGACCUGAUGGAUAUUAUUAUCGGUGGCAGAUUGGGUACCGGUGUCAAGAAGGGUUUCCUUCUAGGCGGCCCUCGAUUGUCAAGAGAGCAAACUGAAUCUGAGACUGAGCGCACUGAAAGCGUGCGAACCUUCAGUAUUGAAUGGGCGGGUAUGUAA